UUCGAACGCCAUUAUAUCCAACUGAGCAUUCUCGGCUCUGGCGAGUUCAGCGAGGCGGUCAAAGCCUCCUCCGUCUCCUCAGGCCAAGUAUACGCCAUCAAGCGGAUGAAGCGCCCCUUCACAGGCCCGAGGGACAGGUUGCGUCACCUCGAGGAAGUGGACAUCCUGCGUCAUCUCGGCUCACACCCCAAUGUGAUCUCACUGCACGAGGCUUGGGAGCAGGACGCCCACCUCUACAUUGCCGCCGAACUCUGCCCGCUGGGAACGCUCGCCUUGUUCUUGGAGGGGUAUGGCUACCUGGUCGGACAUCUGGACGAGCCUCGACUCUGGAAGGUUCUUGUGGAGCUCAGUGCAGGCUUAGCACACAUUCACGAGUCCGGCGUGCUGCACCUCGACCUCAAGCCGGCAAACGUAUUCAUUACCGCCGUGGGCACGCUCAAGAUCGGUGACUUUGGAUUG